AGCAGGCGUAACGAGCUGAACUCCGGAAUGAUCUCUUUCGGAAAAUUAAACCUCAAGAUGGAUGAAUUUGAUUUAAUGAUACAAGAACGGCUAGCCGCAGUAAGGCUGAAGAAAACCGAAACUAUCAACGAUUUGAUAAAGCAAAUAUUUGGCGAAGAAUUUCACCGUAUCUCGAUAUGGUACGAAGGAAGGUACGUUCCCGGCACUAUGCUCCUGGGUCAGUUUGCACCGUCCAAACCAGUAGAGUACUUGGUGAGCCUCCCGGGCGGAAAGGUGCACGGUUCGUUGGCCCGUGCCGGCAAGGUUAAGGGCCAAACGCCGAAAGUGGAGAAGAAAGACAAGUCGAAGCGCAAAACGGGACGCGCCAAGCGUCGUCUGCAGUUCAACAAGCGCUUCACGCAGAAGACGACCACCGCCAAGCAGCAGCGUCGCCGAGGACCUAAUUCUCAGACAGCUCAGGGUUGAAGAAGAAUGGCGACGAAGACGUAACGUUCAUCUCAUCUGUAAAGGGUAUGCAGUUUCAAGAGCCAAUAAAACGAUUUGAAUUGCUGAAAGUAA